AUGGAUGAGUCCGACCAUGCCCCUUCAUUGCCCGUCCUCCUUGGAAGGCCAUUCAUGAAAACUGCUCGUACAAAGAUUGACGACCAUUUGGACAAUUUGAAGGACGAUGCACUUGAAUUGGUCAUUGCACAAGGAAGGGACGUGCAGAACAUUGAGACAACCACCAAGGAACCCCACGGCAUGCAUGAGGAGUCCUUGGCCUUGCCCCCUAGUGAGGAUAUGAUGGAGAUGGUGGUUGCACUCGAGUCAUUGCCAUCCCAUUCAGUUGUGCAGCCACCUACACUUGAACUUAAGCCGUUGCCGAGUCACUUGAAGUACGUGUUCUUGGGAGAGGAUGAGACAUUGCCUGUCAUUAUUUCAUCCUCACUCACAGCACAAGAGGAGAGCAAAUUAGUGCGAGUGCUUAAAGAGUACAAGACGGCAAUUGGAUGGACUUUGGCCGACAUAAAGGGAAUCAGCCCUACUAUGUGGGUUUCGCCCGUGCAAUGCGUUCCAAAGAAAUCCGGAGUAACUGUGGUUGAAAACGCCGAGAAUGAGAUUGUUCCUACGCGCAUUCAAACUGGUUGGAGGGCAUAUCGUCGCAUGCCUUUUGGUUUAUGUAAUGCACCUGCUACGUUUCAAAGAUGCAUGAUGAGUAUAUUUUCUGAUUAUGUUGAGAAAAUCAUUGAAGUUUUUAUGGAUGAUUUUAGCGUCUUUGGUAAUUCUUUUGAUGGUUGCUUGCAUAAUCUGAGUUUGAUUCUAAAACGUUGUGUUGAAACUAACCUUGUUCUUAAUUGGGAAAAGUGUCAUUUCAUGGUUAAAAAAGGCAUAGUUCGUUCUUUUCUUGGCCAUGUAGGAUUCUAUCGUAGGUUUAUAAAGGACUUCUCAAAAGUUGCACAACCUCUUUGCCGUCUCCUACAAAAAGAAGUGGCGUUUGAAUUCACCAAGGAGUGCACGGCUUCAUUCAAUCAACUCAAGGAGUUGUUGACCACGGCACCAAUCAUUGCUCCCCCUGAUUGGAGUCUCCCUUUUGAAUUGAUGUGUGACGCCUCUGAUUAUGCUCUAGGGGCUGUUUUAGGGCAAAGGAAAGACAAAAGGCCGCAUGUCAUCUACUAUGCUUCACGGACGUUGAAUGAUGCACAACUAAAUUAUUCUACAACCGAAAAAGAACUAUUGGCUAUUGUAUUUGCAUUAGAUAAGUUUAGAUCAUAUCUUCUUGGUACUAAAGUCAUUGUUUUCACUGACCAUGCAGCCUUGAGGUAUCUUUUCACAAAAAAGGAGGCCAAGCCAAGACUCAUUCGAUGGAUGCUCCUACUUCAAGAGUUCGAUCUUGAAAUUCGAGACAAGACCAUUCCCAUUGUAGAGACAUUCCCGGAUGAACAACUUCUGUCCAUUGAGGUAAGAACCCCUUGGUAUGCCGAUUUGGUCAAUUUCUUGGUGUCUAAGCAAGUUCCUAGUACCCUAAACAAAUUCCAACGUGAUAAACUUGUUCAUGAUAUUUUUGAUGUUUGGGGUAUCGAUUUCAUGGGCCCCUUUCCUCCCUCUUUUGGUUUCACUUACAUCUUGCUAGCUGUCGAUUAUGUUUCCAAAUGGGUGGAGGCCAAAGCCACCCGUACUAACGAUUCUAAGGUUGUUGCAGAUUUUGUGAAAUCUAAUAUUUUUGCUAGGUUUGGGAUGCCACGAGUCUUAAUCAGUGAUGGGGGUUCUCACUUUUGCAAUCGUACCAUUGAAGCUUUGCUCAAGAAGUACAACGUUACGCAUAAGGUUUCAACACCUUAUCACCCUCAAACCAAUGGGCAAGCGGAGGUUUCAAAUAGGGAGAUCAAACAAGUCCUAGAGAAAACCGUGGGACCUUCAAGAAGAGAUUGGAGUUUGUGCUUAGACGAUGCAUUGUGGGCCUAUCGUACGGCUUACAAAACUCCCCUUGGCAUGUCACAUUUUCGGCUUAUAUAUGGUAAGCCAUGUCAUUUGCCCGUUGAGCCAGAGCACAAGGCGCAUUGGGCUGUGAAAACCUUCAAUAUGGACAUAGACGCUGCUGGAGUUCAUAGGAAGCUCCAAUUAGAUGAACUUGAGGAGAUUAGGAACGAGGCUUACGAGAAUGCUCGAAUCUACAAGGACAAGACAAAGGCUUAUCAUGAUAAGAUGCUUCAAGCAAGACAUGGCACUUGCUAG